UGCUGACAAUUUUGCAAUGAUGGGAAGCAUUAUUGGAUAACUUUUAAACAUCGUUGGAAUGGAUGCCGCUGCGCUCACUUCCUUCCCCUUUGGAGGAAUCGUUGUCUCAUCCGUUUGUGCGAUCUUUCUCCUGGCCCUCAUGCUCUUGUCAUGCCGCGGCAGGAACCAAGAGGUGAUAGGAGCGGGCCGUGCGGUGCUGAUAACGGGCUGUGACAGCGGAUUCGGUCAUCAACUGGCCCGCAGGCUGGACGCUCAGGGGUUUGUGGUCUUCGCCGGUUGUCUGUUUCCCAACGGAGACGGUGCCCAAACUCUGCACAGAGAGAGCUCCAGCAAUAUGAGCAUUCUCAAGCUAGACGUCACUAAAGAUGAAGAUGUGACACAGGCAAGGACUGUGGUCCAAUCGAACCUGCCAGAGAAAGGGCUUUGGGCAGUUGUGAACAAUGCUGGCAUCUUAGACUGGUCAGAGACAGAGUGGAACACCAUUGAUGAUUAUCGCAAUAUGGCUGAGGUCAAUUUAUUUGGCAGCAUCAGGACCUCCAUAGCUUUCCUCCCAUUGGUUCGUGCCUCAAAAGGACGGAUGGUGUACGUCUCAAGCAUCUUUGCCUUCUUCAACUGUCUGACCAUGGGGGCCUACAGUAUUUCAAAGAGAGGACUGGAGGCGUUUGCCGACUGCCUACGGGUAGAGAUGGAGUGUUUUGGAGUAAAGGUGAGCAUCAUCCAGCCGGGUAACUUUGGUCCUGCUACCAGCAUCCUGAGGCGGAGAACAGGGACAGAAAUCUGGGAGAAACUGGACGAGGAGCGUCAACAGAUGUUCAACAGACAGUAUGUGGACCUGGCUAAUAACUACCACAUGUCUACAUGUAUGACUGGCAACCAGGACAGCAGCCUGGUCGUAGACGCGAUGGUGGAAGCCCUCACAGCAGACAGACCUAAACGCAGAUAUCUGUUGGUCUCUAAGCUGGAUAUGUUGUUCUUCUAUGCCUUUCCCUAUCUGCCGACAUGCGUCACCGAUGCAGUUUUCUACCUCAGUCCCAUGUACAACAAAAGAAAAGCAAUGCUUUAUUCCAAAUAG